CCUCCCUAGCUUACCAGUGUAAGGUUACAGUACUGUUUAUGUUGAAGAUAACUAAGAAAAAUAAAACAUCCGAUUCCAUAAAUAAUGUUCAGAAUUAUAUUUCGGAGUUCAGGCACCCUUUGUGCCGCCGUGGUAGCUCCGGAAGCAGCACGGGAUCCAGGAUGGGCGAGAGUGAAGAAUGUUUUUACUAAAGACGAAUUCGGGAACCUUUCACCGGAAAUGGUGACUAUUUUGCAAACAGCGUUUUUGUCUGCUUUCUUUGGUGCCUUCUACGGUGGCUUCACGCAUUCAAGGGAGGCCUACCUCAGGUUCAUAGAAAGGAACGAUGCUACCAAAUUUGUCGAUCACUUUGAAGCUAAGAAAAAGCUUCAAGAUACUGUCACUAUGGGUUUUGCCAAAGGUGCUAUGAAGUGGGGUUGGCGUAUAGCUUCAUUUUCAAGUAUUUAUAUGACCUCUGUGACAUUAUUUUCUGCGUAUCGGGGUGAAAUGAAACUUUUAGAUUUUGUCACUGCAGGAAUUUUAGCAGGAGGCUUGUAUAGAGCAAAUCAUGGAUUCAGAGGCGUAAUGGUAGGAUCUUGCAUUGGCACUUUUUUGGGCUUGUUCGCUGGAAGUUUGUCAGUGGCCAUGCUAAAAUUAUCAGGGACGAAUUAUGAUGAUAUCUACGCUUGGAAUUAUGAAAACAUAAACAUUAGAAAUAGGAAAUUUGCAGAAAGACUUAAAACUAAAUUUCAAGGCGAAGAGAAUACAAAACUUCUAGAGGAGCAUGAUGAUACAAUAAGUGAACAAAUGGAACACUAAUGCCAAUCUGAAAGAAGUGUUUGUGCUCAAAAAACUGCUAUUGUCAAGUCUUUUGGGAGAUACCACAACAAAACUGGUAUUACUGUAUUUUCGCUGCCAGUACAACCAAUAACAAUCACCAUAAACCAAAAUGUGUUAAGCAAUGACUUCCAGAGGAACUGACUUCAUCUUCGAGAGACUACAUCACCCCUAAGGCAACGCACCCCCUAUGCCCAAAGAACACAACCAAAUGCACGGAUAACACCUGAUAUGCAAUCAUCGAGUAGCUAGACUUUCUGUGGAUGUAGAGUAAAAUGUUGGUUCCAGUCUGUAGAUCUAAAUAAUUUGGGUGUCAAAUUAAAUCAUGUGCUACAAACUUAAAGAGGCCCCUGACUUUAACUGAAUUUGUAUUCUGCCUAUUAUAAAUCAUCUUAGAAGUGGACACUUUCAUGGAACUGUUGUACCAUUAAUAAUAAACUGAAUGAACUUAAUAAUUAUAUUGAAAAAUCAUUA